GGAAGAAGACCCGAACCCAAAAUAAUAACCCGAACCACCCUAAACCUCAAGUCCAGUAUAUUAAGCGCAUACGUCCGUCCGUUCGAAUUGUCAAACAUAACCUGUUGCAAAGAUUAUAGAAGCUGUGCGUCGGCAGAGAGCUAGGGUUUUAAAAGACACAAAUCUCCAACCAUGAUUUACGACGUCAACUCUCCUCUCUUCCGCUCCUUCCUCAGCCAGAAGGGUGGUUCUUCUGACAAGAGGAAAAUGGAAGAACAGAAGCCGAAGGAACAGAAACCCAAAGCUAAUGAGAACAAGCCAGUUAUGACAGAAUGAGAUGUGCUAUGAAGCUUCAGGGAUGAGAUAGGAUGGUAGAUUAUUCUCGUUGCUAUUGAAAAUGUUGUUUAUUACAAAUUCAAAGUGAAGUUACUGCUAUAUCAUGGCCGUUUGAGUUUGUGGUGUUGUCUGUUAUGUGACUGAUCUUUGGUAAGAUUAAAAAUUUUCAGUGAUGUUGCAUCUUAGAGAAUGGUUGCUGUUUGUAUGUGUUGUGGCUGUUAUCCUAGUAGUUAAAAUUGGAUAAUUGUGUUACUCAAA